AUGUCUGAUCCUAGUGGCACUGUGGAGCUGAAUCGUAAAGACAAAGCGCCCCCUAAAUGUGUGAAAUGCAAGAGGAAGUAUCUGAAUAAUGUUCAGAGCAAGGAGGCUUUCAGAGGGUGGUCCUAUGUGUCGUCUUGUGGAAACUAUUGCUACCAUGUUUAUUGUGUGAAGACUUUGAUUCUGGAGAACAGGGAAAAGGGUUAUUUUAAUGUUGCUUCUUCUUCUUCUUCUUCCUCCUCUUCUUCAAGCUUGGUCAUCGGAAGUGAAACUGCAUCAGCUACGAGCUCUUUGGCCAUGGAUAGAAGAAGAAGCUCGUCUAAAUUAUCUGUCACUCGUGCGUUGAUCAAAAUGGUGAAAGUAGGAUUCAGCGCCAUAAUAUCUGUUUUAUUCGGAAAUCCACCUCCAUUGUUUGUUGCUCUCGCUGAAAACUUGCUAGAAUAA